AGAUGGGAGUACUUCAAUGGAAAUAUGAACAAGCUGGGCAACUUUGCUAACAUUUUCUCGCAAUCUCUUUGCACAAGACCAGGCUUCGAUGGCAGACGUUUCUCCACAUGGGCAACCGAGGGAAAGAAGAAAAUUGUGUCGCGAUUGGUUCCGGGCAACCACGAUUCCAUGGACAAAUACGAUGGCUGGAGAGAAGAGUUUGAGGCCCCGUUUUUGCUCCAGUUGAAGCAAGAUAAAAAGCAUAAAUACAGCGAGUGGUUGCCGGAUCUUCAGUUAAGACUGAGCCAAAGAACUGCAAUUGAAGAGGAGGAGGAGGAGGACAAUAACAACGAGCCAUUGCAAAGCCCCCAAGGAAAUUAGCACACACCUUUCACUUUCAUAACCUCAAUAUUUACCCACCACAAGAAAAAAGGAUAAAAAGAAAAUUACCCACACCAAGGCCGAACGGGGGUGAGCACUUAAUUAAGGAUCUGACCAUGUAAAAAGUAAA